AUGGGGAACCUUGAAAAAAAAAAAAAUACCGGAGCGGAAAAACAUGACCCCGCCAAGCUUUGCGAAAUUCAACUUUUUCUUGCUGUCAAAUUUGAUGCUUCGAGACGUGCAAUUUUAUAUUCAUAUACAAGAACUCGACCUGAACAGCUCCUUUUCCUUGAUCUUCUUGCUGCAAUUGAAGCACAAUCAGCUAUCAUCCGCCAGUCCCAACAGUUAGCAGCACGAUCAUUACCCUCCAGAAUACAGAGCAGAUACGCUUCAACGGAAGCCAACGGUGAAAAGCCCAAGGCUGAAGAAGCUGCCGAAGCUGAAAAGCCAUCUGAGCUCGAGACAUUGAAGAAGGAUCUAGAAGCACGUGAGAAGGAAGUGGUUGAUUUGAAGGAUAAAUACCUUCGCUCUGUCGCUGACUUCCGCAACCUGCAAGAGCGGACUCGCCGAGAUAUCGAAGCUGCUCGUACCUUUGCUAUCCAGAAGUUUGCCGCAGACCUCAUCGAGUCAAUUGAUAACCUGGAGCGUGCGCUUGCAGCUGUUCCUCCUGAGAAGGUCGAUGCUGCCAAUGCAAAGGAAAACAAGGAUGUUUACGAGCUGUUCUCCGGCCUGAAGAUGACGGAGGGCGUGCUCAUGAACACCCUCAAGAAGCACGGUGUUGUCAGAUUCGAUCCGUCCGAGCUGGUAGAUGGUCAACCUCAGAAGUUCGACCCAAGCAGACAUGAGGCUUUGUUUAUGUCUCCAGUGGAGGGCAAGCAGGACGGCGAUAUCAUGCACGUUCAGAACAAGGGUUUUACCCUCAACGGCAGAAUCCUCAGGGCCGCUAAAGUUGGCGUCGUGAAGAAUGCAUAA